AUGUCCGGCUCAUUAACCCAAUCGAGGUUAAAAGAAGGGAAAGUGGGCAGCUUCUUACAUUCUCUAGUGUAUGGAUUCAAGAAGAAGAAUUCGGAAAAACCGUUAUCAGAAACAAGAAGCAAGCCAUUGCAAGAACCCAAAACCUCGGCGGGAGUGUUGGACGGCCGACGGGAAAUCAAGCUUUUCCGCGGUGGGAUUUGCAUCGGCGAGACCAACGGAGUAGAGAACGUUGGAGCGGGAAAUCAAGAUCUCCCAAUCCCGGUAAGGAAAAGGAAGAAAAAGAACAAUACUACAUCGAAAGGAGAAUCAUGUCCUCCAAACAUUAUUAUUCCGGAAGACAUCGUUGUCGAAAUACUCUCAAGACUGCCCCUAGAGUCUCUUCCCCGGUUCACCUGCGUUUCGAAGCGAUGGCGUUGUUUGAUCUCUACCAUAUCCGCCACGAAAAAAGGAUCACCAAAGGUUCUCCUAGCAUCCUACUGGGCAGCACAUUCCUUUUCACCUCACUCGAUUAACCAACACCAACAAGAAGCUUGCGGGAAAAGCGUUUACGUCCCUUGGGCGGGUUUUCGUUAUCCUACACGAUACUUGGGAUCGUGUAACGGGCUGUUGCUUAUGGGUUUCGACAAGGACUUGUUCUUGUGGAAUCCACUGACUAGAUUCUUCAAGAAAAUGAUGGCAUUUGGGCCAUUGUGGGGCCGCGAGGACUACCGCGUGUGUUCUGGUCUUUGCUAUGACUCCACUGGUGAUGAUUACAAGGCCAUUCUUUCACUUGGCUAUCUUAGUCCGUAUUGCAAUGAUGGUGAAUUUGUUGUGGUGGUUAGUUUCAGAAAUAAAAGUUGGUCCAUUAUCGACUUCCCGUUCAUGAUAUCUACAAUGGAGUCGGGGCCAAUAGUCAAUGCAAAACUUCAUUGGUUUGCCUCUAAGAAUGAUUCAGGUAGUCAACCCCUUUCGCCCCACCAAAUUAUUUACUUUGAUGCACAUGUUGAUAAGUUUGGGGAGGUAGCAAUGCCAGAGCCCAAAAGAAGGGACGGUGAUAUUAUUGUUGGAUUAGGAGUUUUGGAUGAAUGUCUUUGUAUGUCUCGCUGGGACUAUCCAAGAAGCAAUGUUGAGGUAUUGGUAAUGAAACACUAUGGUGUGAAAAAAUCUUGGACUAUUCUGUUCGCAGUUUCAGAUUGUUUGAGAUUUAAUCUUGAGGAUAGGUUGGUGCCACUAGGUUAUACAAAGUAUGGUGAAGUUUUAGCUAUGGUUAGGAGUCGCUGGACGUUGGAUUGGCAUAUAAGCGCGUUCAAUCCUACUGACAGUUCCCACAGGAUAAUUUCAACUCCAAAGGAGUUAAAUUUUGAAUAUCCAAUCGCUUACGAUGAAAAUUUGAUUACACCUACUGGCUAUGAUUGGGAAGAGGAAGAGAGCUGAAAGGGGAAGCAACAUUUGUGUACAUGUUUCGUGGGAAAUAAAAUAAAUAAAAAAGAACAGGGUAUGCAAAUUUUUGUAAGUAAUGCUUGAUUGGUUGUUCGUUAAUAGCUUUGAACUGUUUGUUUCAAGAUACGUUUGCUUUGUUUUAAACAGCUAGUUGAAUAUAUAAUCUGGCUUUUUAUUACUUAUGAAAUAGAUGUACUGUUUUGCUUAAUUGGUGGGUUGUUGCUAAGAUGCUUACGUCGCGGUCACUCUAAUUAGUCCGAAUAAAGCAUAAUAUUCUUUUUGAAGGGCAAAGAAAAUUCCAUUAAUCAUCGACAUCAAAAGAUGGAAUAAA